CUCCAAUCUCCACCUCAUCACCACACAACAUCGCCGACUCCGUCACCUCCCAAGCCCUCUUUUUACGUCUGAUCGACAUCCCCGUGCCCACAGACUCGACCGACUUGUCCACUGCCCAGCCAUCUGAUUCGUGGCCCUCGUCCGUCUCUUCAGGAACCGCCCCAAAGGAUCCUCCCCUAGUCGACGAUUUCAAAUUCCAGAAUGGACCCCAAGUCCCCCCCAGAGGGCCUAGUUGGUGACGAAGAAAUAAGCUUCAAGUCCCCCCCCUUCCAUGAUCCGUCAUGUCUCGAUGAGGUCAACUUGGCCGCCAGCGCAAGCCGCAUCUCACCCAUACGAGUCUCGAGCCAAUUCUCCAACGUACCGCCAAACCAAACUCCGUCGGCCACCCAUCCUCUUGCUGUCCGAGUGCCCUCCUUGGGUCACCCUCCCGUUGAGUCUUCGUCCCAGGUUUCUCGUCCAAGCGCCCUUCCUACUGGUUCGGCCCUACCCUCCCUGACGAGCCAUGGAAGGUACUUGCGACUUUCGCCUUGGCCCAGCGGCGAAAGAGCGAGCCUGUCGAGCCACUCCCCAAGUGUCUUUUUGACCGACCUACCAUCGAGCACCAAAGGUCUGGGAUGUGCAUUGAGUCGCACAAUCUCCUUGCUGCCGAAAGCCGGGGGGUUCUUUCGCGAUGUACUGUCCUCCUGCUUACACCCACCACAUUCCCGGCUCGCGGUUAGUUGGGGGAAGGGGGGGGGAGGGUACGGUCCUGUGGGCGGCCGCGAGAAACUGUGUGCGCGUCUUCAGCGCACGCGUCUAGCAAUCUGGGGAUGCCUUCAAGUUCGUGAGAUAACGAGAGGAACUCGAACUGCUGGCGGCUGCGUGCACGUUUGCGCGCCCGCCCGCCCAUGCAAACAGACGAAUUAUCACCUCGAGCGAACCGCUAUCAUCCCAUGGUUUCGACGACGGCACCAUCGUGCGACCUGGUCGUUGAGUCGCACACGUCCCAAGUCCCCAAAAAAAAAAAAAAAUCCUCAUUGGAAAAAGUUGUUACCCCACAGGCUAACCAGUCUUGUCUGGUCCGGUGCAAGUCAACCCUUCGACCAUCCCAUCUCGUCGACGCGCGCGCCGCCCGCCUGGUCCAACAGCCGCCGCAUUGCCGAACCUGAACCUCAACCGUGGCACCGCCGUCAUUUUCAUCUCGGACAUAUCCCUUCGGAGUCGUAUUCCUUCUGUUCCUGCAUCUGGCAUUGGCAUCUGCCUGUGGGACCUGCCAGAUUUGACCGUAUCGACAUCGAGGCGAAGGCCGACUGACACGCUUGUUCUGGCGUUUGGGACGCAAAUCCCCCUGCUGCGGACGUCUUCAUCUUGGGUCAGCCGGGAUGAUUUGCCUCCUGGGACCACUGCAGUUCCCUUCCGAAUCGAUCCCGAAGCUUUUGACCAGGUCCUCGAACGUGGAAGCAGGCCCUCACUGCCACAGGUGACGGCAAAUGGGAUCAGGGCUAAAAAAGAAAGGGUCUUUUUUUUUCUUCCUUUC